ACGUUGAUGUCGCAGUUUAGUGUUCGAGUGCUUCCAACGUUACAGCAUCGAUAAUCUCCGCGACACGCAUCGAACGCGGCUGCCGCCACAGUUUAACACCCAAUAAGUUAACCAAUGCUAUUACGCAGGUACGCGGAGAUGGUACCGACGAUGUUGCUAUUGACGUGGGUACUGGUGAACUCCUUCAACAUGCUCGAUUGGAGCGCCCCCUUCGACUUCGGCGAGAGUUCGGGCUGGCAGCGUGGAUUUCGCGGCGGGUGCGCUCCAUCCAAGCGCCCAACCGGCACUUGUCACAAGUGGUGCUCACUGCGUGCUGCGCGCUCCUCACCGAGAUGACCGGCGACGCGGCCACCGCCUCUUUGCUCAUGCCAGCCGCCGUGGACGCGGCGAUCGGCAACCGGUGCCACCCGCUGUACUUCGCGGUGCCCGUGCUCGUCGCUUCCUCGACGUCGAUGAUUUUCCCCGUGGGCUCCAUGGCGCUGGCGCUGCUCAACAGCAUCACUGACAUUGGAGCCAGGGACAUGAUGGUGGCCGGACUGAUGACCAAGGCAACCACUAUAAUCAUAAUGCUCUUCACAGUCAACACAGUUGGAUAUUAUGUCUUCGAUUGGAAGGAGGCCCCACCAUGGCUGGACCCAGCAGGCACCGGCACCGCUGGAAAUCUGUCUACCAGGCUGGAUGUCCUCUCCGUCUGAAUUCGCUCACCUAGUCUCUUAACGUCACGCGUCAUCCUGCCAAGUUCCUCACAUGCUACAAAUAUCCUACUUCCUUUUGUUACAGCACGUACGCCGUCAUGUUAAGAGAGUGCAGUGCAACACCUCUAGUGUCACGCAAAGACGCUGUACCAUACAUAUGUCCGCCCACAGGCGAGUAUCGGGAUUUAAGCCUCGUUUUUCUGUUACAUACAGUUUGAACAGUUUGGGCGUUUGCUCAUUCCCACUUAAGUGACGGACAUUCACAUAAUGCGUAGCUGUGUGGCGCGCGUAUAUCUGGGGUCACUUGAAUUAAAAAUAAAAACAAACACGCAUGAUUUCGUUGCGACAAAAGUGAGCUGCAAGCCGAGUCACCGUUGUCAAGGGCAACCAUGGAUACAAGCGACUGCGCCGCGGCGGUCGCGGCUAUGCGGUUUCGUUUCACAUGUACCGUUUCCGCGCGAAGCCCGCCUCUCCGAUGAGCGUCGCCUGCAGAAAGCGCCCGCGAGCAGUGUGGGUUUCCGUGGUUCCCAAAGGAAUCUGCACUUUUAUCCAUGUUUAAACGCGUGUUAGACGUGGGUUUCCUCGUUCUCCUAGAGCGGCGUUACUUGCCUAGAAAAAAUAAAAAGAAUCGCAUGCUGCAAAUGUUCCGUUUCUUUCUUCUUUUAAAAUAUAUUCUCAUAUCUCAUAUUUAGUUACCAGUGAUUCAUAUCUGUACCAGUUAACAUUUAAUUUCACAAUUUUCACUUAUUAAUUGUGGUUCUGUUUAUGUUCUGAACAAAUUUUUUGUGGACUUUCGUAGUGCCCGAUUCGUGGCCGAUCUCCCAGAGUGGCUUGCGCCAUUCACACUAAAGGACGACCAACCUAUCAACUUAUUUGUGAAGAAUGCCCACUGUGCCGAUUCGCGUUUACUUCGUUUUCAGUUCCUGAUUUAAGGCUUCCUCCAAUUCUACGCGUCUAGAACGGAAGCCGGAAGAGGAUCCUAUUGCCGAAAUGUGGCGUGAAACGAGCCUGUCAGCUGCUCUUGUUCUCGAAUGCCGCCACCUGCGU